CGCGGAGGCGGAAAAGUUACUGGUUUGGGGGGCCUCCUCUUCCUCCUUUUAUUCGUCCCACGCCGAGACACCUUCCCCUCCCCCUCCGCCCCGCCUCCUAGUCGCUAACUAGAAAAACGAUGCCGUCUCCUCCUGCCCAGGCUGAGUGAUCGCCUCGGGCGGCAGGAAGGGACCCACCACCCUCGGGGAUCAAGUCUUCUCCAGCGGCUGCCCAUUGACUGAGUGAUUGUCGCAAGGGCCCCGUUGAGUUUCAAGAGUUAAUAAGCCUUGGGGGAAACCAGAGUGCGCUUAGAUGCUCAGGCGGAGAGGGCACCGGGGUCUUUAAAAAAAAGAUGUAGCGGUCGAUUUUGCAUGGCAAAGAAGCCCUGGUGAGAGAGAAAGCAGCUCUUUUCCUUUAGAAAUUGAAGAAUUCCUCCAAGGGAACUGCAAGAGAAGUUUGUGACUUGAAGAGCCGGCGAUUUGCUCCGUCUUGGCUGGUUGGAUAGGAGGGAGGGGAAUGUAGUUCAAGGUUUGCCAAAGUGUCCCAGUGGCUCUUUCGGCCGCUUUUCUUUGCUGCUCUUAGGAAGCCGUCGACCUUUGCCCGGUGCCCUCCUGACUCCUCGUUCACGUCCCCCUCCCCUCUGGCAGAGCAGAAGCAUGGAGCUUUUCCUCUGUCCCUCCUGUCGCCUGGUUCUCUGGGACCCGGUGACGGUCUCCUGCGGCCAUUCUUUCUGCAGGAGAUGCCUGGGCGAAACCUUGCCUUCCGAGUGCUGCCUCUGCGGGGAGAACCUCGGCCUCCUGGGCUCGCGGACGCCCAGCUCGAACGUCCUAAUCGGGAACCUACUAGAAAAGGGCUUGGAUACCGCCGCCAAGGUGGCCCGGUUGAAAAGGGACCUGCGGGAGCUGGUGAGCAACGGGGACUUCCAGGAAGCGCUGAGGACGCUUCAGAAGGGAAUCGGCUUGGCUCCGGAUGAUCUUACAUUAAGGGUGUGCAGAUCAGAGCUCUAUGUGGCUUUACAGGAGUAUGAAGGGGCUCUGGAGGAUUUGGAGAUUCUAUGCAAGCAGAAGCCAGAAGAAUGUGAAGGCUUUUUUAGAAAAGGGAAAGUGCUCUUGGACUUAGGGAACCAACCAGAGGCCCUGCUGCAAUUUCAACAUUGCCUUACACUGGAUUCCGGCUUUCAUGCUGCUGAAUAUGAAAUAGAAAAGAUUCUCACGAAUGAUGCUUCCUCUACUCCUGGUACUGUUAUGGAGUUGAAGAACAACGGCAGUCAAAAUUUGGAAGGUUGUAAUUCAAGGGAACAGUUGACUUUUCUUGAGAAUUUUGAAGGCGGAACCCUACCGACACAAAAAGAAAAUUCGCUGGAAGAAACUAUGGCUGAUCAUAGCCAGGCAGCACUUCCCAUGACUCAAUGGAAGAGGAAGAAGUUCAGAUCAGAUCUUUCUGCAAAUAAAGAAGAUUUGGAGGAAGAGGAGGCCUCACCAGAGACUUCAGGAACUAGAUCAACAGAUACAAAAUCUAUGACAGACUAUUGUCCAGACUUCAUAGGCUUCUUGACUACAUCAGACCUGGAAUGUUCCCUUUGUAUACGUAUGUUGUAUGAACCUGUCACCACACCCUGUGGCCACACCUUCUGCAAAGAGUGUAUGGAGCGUUGCUUAGACCACCGACCCAACUGUCCACUUUGCAAGCAAAGCCUGCAAGAGUAUCUGAAAGCUGGAAAAUACAAUACUACCAUUCUGCUUGAAGAGUUGAUGACUACAGUCUUCCCUUCCCAACUGGCAGAAAGGAAACUGGUCCACCAAGCUGAUAUGGUAGAACUUUCAAACCUAAACAAGAAUAUCCCCAUCUUUGUGUGCACCAUUUCAUUUCCAGGUCUUGUAUGUCCUCUGCAUGUGUUUGAACCUCGCUAUCGACUCAUGAUGCGAAGAUGUCAGGAGACUGGCACAAAGAUGUUUGGCAUGUGCAUGUAUGAAGAUGGAAAAAACUUUGCUGACUAUGGCUGCAUACUGGAGAUUCAAAAAAUAGCAUUUUUUCCUGAUGGACGAUCAUUGGUGGACACUAUAGGCAAGAGGAGGUUUCGGGUUUUGAGACGAGGGCACAGAGAUGGCUACAACACUGCAGACGUUGAAUACUUGGAAGACGAGAAGAUGGAAGGAGAAGAACAGACUGAGCUGCAGAAUUUACAUGAUUGUACCUAUGAGCUAACCCAGAGAUUUUAUGAACAUGGGGGCAGGACUUUCAGACAGCUUGUGAUGCAUCAUGGACCACUUCCAGAAAAAGAGGAAGACAUACAGGCAUCACCAGAUGGACCAGUUUGGUGUUGGUGGCUUAUAUCUGUCUUGCCCCUUGACUUGACCCACAAGUUGACCAUUUUUUCUGAAACCUCCCUGAAGGCACGCCUGACCCAACUAAAACAUAUUCUGAACAUCAUUCUGGAAAGUCGUGACUACAGCAACUAAUAGACUCAGACUUGCCACAAGGAAGAUUUAGAUAACAUAAAAGGCUGGGAAGUGGGGACCUCUGGGGAAGAAAUGACAAACUGAAGAUGGCUUGGCAAAAAAGUAGAAUUGACAACCACAGAAGAAUGAACCAGGAAUAGACCAGUUCUUCAUAAUUCCUAUCCAGCCAAGGAGAGGAUUUGAGAUUGCCCACAAGUGCUCUAUAUUGUUGCUCCUCACAAUGCCAAUCUGGUGCCCUGCAGAGUGUCAGGUUUGAAAGCCAUUGGGAACCCUGACUCAGAGGUCCUGGGAUUGCAAUUCCUAGAAUCUCUAGCCAGCAUGGUUGAUUAGGAAAUUCUACAAGUUGUGAUCCCAGCACAUCAAGUCUUUAGGUCCCUCUUUAUUGUGAUUAUUUUGUUACUGUAAAACUGACUUCAGAUAUGGUCCUUAAUGAGGACUCUGAAACUCGACUGCAGUUGUAGCAAGAUUUACUAUGUAGUAGUAGCAAGACUUUUUGAAUGGGUUUUGGACCGACAGGGCUAAAAGAUUCGGUAGUAAGAUGUGAAUUGUAUUCUAGUGAACACAUUUCUAAGCACCUUACACCAUGAGAAUAGGAAAUAAAACUACAAACACUGGGACUUCCUGAGGAAAUUUGCCUUAUAUCACAUAUUGAUGUUUGCAUGGGACUCUUCAACAUAUUCUUCAUAAUGUAUGAUAUUCUUUCUUUCAAAUAACUCACUGCUAUUGAUUGUAGGGUAAAAGCCAACUCAGCAAUGAGGAACAUUACAAAAGGGCUGAUUUUCUUUCCUCUGUUUUAUUCUGAUUGCUAUUUAAUGAAGAAUUCCAAAAGGGAUCAGGUAAAAUGACAUACGUUGCUGAAGAAAGUAGAUUAGAAUACUUCUAUAUGAUAAGAAAGAUAUAAAAGUUAGAUUGGGACAGAUAAUGUGUAGUCAUCCAGAUGUUCAGGAAGUACAAUGAUUUCCUACCAUUUGGAGAGGUAUACUUUUCCACCAGUCUGAAGUAGACCAUUUUAAAGAUUUAAUUUACAGAAAAUGUUUAAAGGGAAACCUGGAAAUGAAAAUGAAAUUGUAGGCAAUUCUCAUGGGGAUGAAGUGGAUAGCUAGAGGACUAACUACGACCUAAAAUGUAUAAUUCAGGAAUUCAUCUAGGUUUUAAGAUGCUAAAAUGGCAGAGUAUUCAGCUGAACCAAUCUGCUGCAUAAUUACACAUGCUGUUAGACAAAUUACCGUGAAUAUAAAAAGUUUGAUAUACAUGUAUAUAAUAUGAAUUGAACAUGUACACAUAGGUUUUGUAUAGGGAAUGUCUGAAUACAAAUCAAUCAUUUGUUCAUGUUAAAGAAGUCAUGGGAUUUUCAAAACAACAGCUGCUAAAACAAUUGCUAACUUUAGAAUUAUUUUUAGAUAAAAUAUUUUUGUGCUCUAGCCUCAAGAAUAUGGAUUCUAGGAAUGAACAGCACUGACCAAUACAAUACAGGUAGCCCUCAAUUUAUGACCAUAAUUUGGACUGGAACAUUUCUUGCUAAGUGAUGUGGUCAUAAAAU